UGUUGAUUUAUUUAAUUAAAAAAUAUAUAAUAAAUUUCGGAUAAGAUUAUAAUUAACCAUCUUGUUGUAAACAUUGUAAACGAAGAUACGUUUCAGAAGUGUUUUAUAACUUCGUGAACUUUCGUUUAAAAUCUUAAAAAACGAUGGAGAGAGAGAAAUCCUCGGUCGAUUUUGCCAAGGAUACUGAAUACGGAACUGUCAAAUUUAAAGAUGAACACAUAUCAUCUUGGAAAUUUUGGAAAAAAAGAAGAUACGUGGUCGGAGUAUUGGCGUUUUUCGGAUUUUUUACAUCAUAUAUUCUUCGUGUAAAUUUAAGCGUAGCCAUUGUUGCAAUGACCGCAAAGGUUCGCAAAAUCGAUGAAAAUGGAAAGGAAUAUUUUGAACAAGAAUUCGAUUGGGAUUCGAAAACACAAGGAUUGGUGUUAAGUUCUUUUUUCUAUGGAUACAUAAGUACCCAAUUAUUAGGAGGAUGGCUUGGUGCGCGUAUUGGUGGAAAAAGAGUUAUUGGUCUUGGAAUAGCAGUUACAGCUUUUCUUACGAUUAUCACACCACCCCUGGUCAGAAUAAACGUUUACAUUCUACUUGUUCUACGAAUAGUAGAAGGAAUUUGUGAGGGUGUAACGUAUCCUUGUAUACAUGCAAUAUGGGCACAAUGGGCACCUCCAUUGGAAAGAUCGAAAUUAGCAACACUUGCAUUUUCCGGAAGUUUUUUUGGAACUGUAUUUGCGAUGCCAGUUGCCGGUUUGAUGGCUGAAUAUCUUGGUUGGUCUUCCGUCUUUUAUGUUUUUGGAGCAGCUGGUGUUAUUUGGUUUUUUUACUGGUGGAUAGUUGUGAAGGAUAAACCAGAGGACGAUAAAUCUAUUUCCAAAGCCGAACUCGAAUAUAUUAAAAGUAGCCUUGGAAAUUCAAGCAAAGAAAAAAAAAUUACACAUCCAUGGAAAGCUAUGCUUACGUCUCCACCAGUGUGGGCAAUUGUUGCAGCUCAUUUUAGCGAAAAUUGGGGGUUUUAUACGAUGCUUACUCAGUUACCAACAUUUAUGAGUGAUGUACUCGAUUUCAAAUUGGAUAAGACUGGAUAUUUAUCUGCAUUACCGUAUCUAGUUAUGACUCUCGUUGUUCAAUUUUCUGGACAUUUAGCAGAUUAUUUAAGAAGAAAGAAAAUUUUAACGACUACGCAGGUGCGUAAAUUAUUUAAUUGCGGAGCUUUUAUAUGUCAAGCGAUAUUCAUGACGUGUACAGGUUUCAUCUUAACACCGGCAGGAGUAGUUAUUUGUAUAACUUUAGCAGUUGGCCUUGGUGGCUUUGCUUGGUCUGGAUUUGGAGUAAAUCAUUUGGAUAUUGCUCCUAAGCAUGCAAGUGUGCUUAUGGGAAUAGGAAAUACUGUGGCUACUUUACCUGGAAUUAUAAGUCCUCUUAUUACUGGAUAUAUUGUCCAGAACAAAAGUGCCGCAGAAUGGAGGAUAGUUUUCAUUAUUGCUGGGGCAGUUUAUUUGAUUGGAGCUAUAGUAUACGGUUUAUAUGCAUCUGGUGAAAAACAAAGUUGGGCUGAAGAAAGUAACGAGGAAUCAAAGAGAUCUUAUGAUAAUCCAGCAAUGGAAAUAGAUAAUUUAUAAUAUGAAAUAAACUAAAUUUACUGACAA